GGUUGCCGCGGCGAGACGCGGUACUUCGCCCGCGGCGCCAGGCGCGUCGCCCCCUCAGCGGGCCUCGCGAGAUGGUUCGCUCCGCCCGCGCACUGCUCAACGGUUCCCAGGCCGGCCGGCUGAGCUGCGGAAUCAGCGCCGCCGGCUGCAACGCUGCGCGCGGAGCCGGCAACCACGCUGACGCCUCUCCCGCGCCCGGCGCCCGCUGCGGCCGCGGCCACGAUGCUGGAGCUGCUCGUAGCGCUGCUGGCCCUGGCCCUAGCCUACUUCGCAUUGCUGGACGGCUGGUACCUCGUGCGCGUGCCGUGCGCCGUGCUGCGCGCGCGCCUGCUGCAGCCGCGCGUCCGCGACCUGCUGGCUGAGCAGAGCUACGCGGGCCGCGUGCUGCCCUCGGACUUGGACCUGCUGCUGCACAUGAACAACGCGCGCUACCUGCGUGAGGCCGACGUGGCGCGCGCCGCGCACCUGGCCCGCUGUGGUGUGCUCGAGGCGUUGCGCGCGCUCGGGGCGCGCGCCGUGCUGGCUGCUUCCUGCGCGCGCUACCGCCGCUCGCUGCGUCUAUUCGAGCCGUUCGAAGUGCGCACGCGCCUGCUGGGCUGGGACGACCGCGCCUUCUACGUGGAGGCGCGCUUCAUCAGCCUGCGCGACGGCUUCGUGUGCGCGCUGCUGCGCUCCCGCCAGCACGUGCUGGGCGCCUCGCCAGAGCGAGUCGUUCAGCACCUGUGCAAGCGCAGGGUGGAGCCCCCAGAGCUGCCGGCUGACCUGCAGCACUGGAUCGCCUACAAUGAGGCCAGCAGCCAGCUGCUCCGGGCCGAGAGCGGGCUCCACGACGUUCUCAAAGACCAGUGACCGCCACAGCCUGCCAUCCCUGCCCACCAGCCUUGACCUGGAGGCCGUUGCCCACCCUUCCCCACCUGCCAGGGGGCAGAGAGUGCAGCAUGGGCCGGCUGGACUGGGCCCUCUCUGAGCUGGAGUGACCUUGCGACCCACCCAGCCCCCUCACAUGCUCAAGGCCCUCCCCUGCCUCCAUUAUUGAUGCCCCUCCAUACCCCAUCCCAUGCCAAGCACGGGGUGGGGGUGAUGCAGGCACCCAGGCCAGAUCUGCCCUCUGGGUGGUGACGAUGGGCAAACCAGGAGGCCCAGGGCCCUUGGCAUGCAGGCAGCAGGGGCUUGGGGUGGGCUGCCUUGCAGGUGAAGCCAGGCUUCCGUGCUCUGAGUGGGCGGGUGCCUGGCGCAGGGAGCGGGCUGGAGUUGCCUUGAGUGCCAGAGCUUGGAGUCUGAGGCUGCCAUUGGGGGUGAGGCCGGAGCAGUCCUGGAGGUAGGGCCGGGGGCGGGGCAGGGAGCGGGCCAAGGCCUGGGUCCUGAUAUGGGCCCCCGAGGAGCUGGAAGGAUCAGAGCAGCAUUUCAAGGCAGAUCCCUCUGCUGCGCGUGGGGGCGGGGCAGAGUGUGGCCAGGCAGACGGGCCCAGGGCACUCAGGAGAGAGGCCUGGUCACCAGGUGCUGGGGUGGCAGCGGGGCCUUGGAGAGUACGGUGGGCCCAGCGCAGGUCAGCUGUGCAGCGGCUCUGGUGGAGGCGGUGAGCUGUCACAGCUGGGGGUGGGGGGUCCUAGUCAGAACCUGCUGCUGAGGAGGGACUGGGGAGAGGCAUGGGGUCCUGCCUGGGUGCCCUCACCUGUCUGCACCCCUUGGUGCCCAUAGGACCGUGCUGUGUGACCCCAGCUGGGGUCCUGCCCUCUCUGGGCCUGUAGCGCCUCUGCCCUCCCGCUGGGGCUGUCCUUGCCUGGCCCGACGUCCUGCCCGGCUGUUGAUCUGUUUGUUUCUUCCUGUGCUGAGAGCUGCUUCCUGCAGGGGGCUGGGGCUGCUCAAGCAGCUCUGUCCUGGUGUCACCAGCCUGCUGAGGUGCCGGCCGGGGCCUGCCCGCUCUCUUGCCUUGCAGCUGGAGCGAGGGUGGCUUGGGGAGAAGCAGGAACUGGUCCAGGGCCUUGGAGAGCACGAGGGCAGUGCAGGUGGGCCUCGUCCCUGACUGGGGACAGUCCAGGCUCUGGGGGUGGGUUCUGCCCCGGGCAGGGUGCCCGCUCACCUGUGCCCCUUCAGCUGCCCCUGCCAGCCCCCGGGGCAGCCCAGAGGGGCCCAGGGUUGCUCCCUGGCCGCCUCGUCCACCCCCCGCCGGCGGGGCCAGGAGCACGGCCACGGCCCUCUUCUUCCCCUGCCCCCACGACAUGGUCCUCCUCAGCCACGGGGAACACUGCUGUGUUUCUGUUUUAUUUAAGGAAAGCCCAAGAGUAAAGGCCUUCAACGUGA